GUUUAUUUUUAUUUUGGGUUUGGCUGUGUUUUUAUUAAAUUACCGUAAAAUUAUGGGUUUAUGUAAUUUCGGUGUCAGUUAUAAAUUGCAAAGGUUAGAUUAAGCUUUGGGGCUUAUUAUCAAUGAAAAACGAUGGUCCACCACUAUAUGUUCAGUCUAAAAAAUCGAAAUAUCCGGGUUACAUGCGCGGUCAUUACCCCUUUGCCUCUUCACAUUGAUUUCUGAUUUUUUUCUGAAAGUAUGACCUUUUGAGGUAUAGUUGCUAAAUUUUAUAAAAAUAGAGGGUUUGGGUACAUAAGAAUCGUCUACAAUGCAGAAGAAGGACGAGGUGUUUGACCAGAAAAAAAUGGAACUAGAGAUUUAUCUCCAGAGGAUGGAGUCGAGAAUUGCCAGCAUGGCUCCUGUGGGUCACACCGCAGAUGUCCUGGAGCUACAACUAAGGGAACAGAAAACUUUACAUGCAGAACUCCAUCAAUUCAAGUCUCAAAUCGAGGCAUUCCAGCAACUCACUCAGAGGCUCAUUACCGCCCACCAACAUGAGGACACCACUAGAUUUAAAAAGGCAGCAGAGUACAUCAACCAACAUUACCUUCAACUGGACGCUUGCGUUAUUAAUCGCGGAAAACUCCUUCACUCUGCGCUAAGUUCUCUUCAGAACUUUGACCGGUCGCUAGACAAAUUUCUUGCGUGGCUCAGUGAGGUUGAAUCGGUGGUGGAAUCUCUGGAAGGCGACACAGAGUCUCGUCGAGCCGCCCACCAACUUAAAGAAAUACAAGCCGACGUAGAGCGUCAGAGUUCAACGCACGCACAACUGAGACAAAGCAAUUUAGCUUUGUUGGGUACUUUAGCCCCUGAGGACGCUCUUAUGGUGCAAUUGAGAGGAGAUGAAAUGGAAAGGCGAUGGCAGGCUUUAAAAACUCGGACAGCCGAUUUGAGGAACCGCUUAGAGCACAACGCGGAUUACUGGAACACAGUCUUGUUAUCUUUAAGGGAAUUAACGGAGUGGGUGAUAAGAAAAGACACUGAAUUGGGUUUGGCUGCGAGGCAGGAUGACCAUAGGGCCUUUAGGCAGCAAUUGGAAGACAAACGGCCCCUGGUGGAGGCCAGUUUGCGCAGCGCGCGUCAGUUCGUGGCUGGCGAUCCCUCUGGUGAGCUAGCCCGAAAUCUUAGGAGGGAACUGGUUAAGCUAUCUGACAAGUGGAAUGCUCUCAUAGACAAAUCUGAUAAGUUGACAGUGAAAUUUGAGCAAAAUUCCAUUAAGCUAAAGCAGCUGACUAGUAGCUUAGAUGAGGCCUGCACGGCAGUUUCUCGUUUGGAGAGAGCUACGUUAACAUGGAGCGGGCCUCGCAGUGCUGCCGAAGCCAGAGAGUUGUUGAAUAACUUGAGGAUUUUGGAGCAGCAGCUGCCACCUUUGCAGAGAUCUCUAGAAGAAGCGAGAAUUCAAGCAAACGCUCUCGGGAACUCUCUUCCUAAUAACUUGGCGGGACAAUUGGAGGAUUGCGGUGCGAGAUGCCGGGCAUUACACGCGGCUAUAAGGGAACGGCGUGAAGUGCUCACCUGCAGUUCUCAAGGAGAAAUCUCUCCUGGUCCCUCGAGUGUGCAACCGCCCUGGGAACGAGCGACUACACCGAUGAAAGUUCCUUACUAUAUUAAUCACAGCACCGAAACUACUCACUGGGAUCAUCCUCAGAUGUUGGAGCUGGCCGCUUGUUUGCUACAACUGAACGAGGUGAGAUUUUCGGCUUAUAGGACGGCACUGAAGUUGAGGGCCAUACAGAAGAAACUUUGUUUGGACUUGGUGGGACUCAAUACGGUGUCUGAGGCUUUCGAUUUGCACGGACUUAGAGCGCAGAAUGAUAAGAUUUUGGAUGUGGCAGACAUGGUGCUCGUUCUACGAGCAAUAUACGGCAACAUCGCCAAUCAAGAGCCAAAUUUAAUCGACGUACCCCUCUGCGUCGAUUUGGCAUUAAAUUGGCUCCUAAACGUCUACGACAGCCAACGUACCGGCCAAAUUAGGGUGCUCAGCUUCAAAGUGGGCCUGACGAUUCUCUCCAAGGGCCAUUUGGAAGAAAAGUACCGUUAUCUGUUCAGAUUGAUCGCCGAUCCGGAGCAAAAAGCGGAUCAAAGGAAACUGGGACUGUUACUGCACGAUGUCCUUCAGGUACCGCGACAACUCGGCGAAGUUGCCGCUUUUGGCGGGUCAAACAUUGAACCAAGUGUGCGCAGCUGUUUAGGUGAGCGUGAAGACUUAGAAGCCGCGCAUUUCUUAGCUUGGCUAAAACAAGAACCACAAUCCCUAGUAUGGUUACCAGUUCUACACCGGAUCGCCGCUGCCGAAAACUCGAAACACCAAGCGAAAUGCAACUGUUGCAAACAGUACCCGAUUAUCGGUCUCAGAUACAGAUGCCUAAAAUGCUUCAACUUCGACAUGUGCCAGAACUGUUUCUUCUCCGGCAAACUGACCAAAGGUCACAAACUCACCCAUCCGAUGCACGAAUACUGCGCCACAACAACUUCGAUCGAAGACGUGCGAGACUUCACCAAAGCCCUUAAAAACAAAUUCAAGAGCAAACGGUACUUCAUGAAACAUCCGCGGGUCGGAUAUCUUCCCGUCCGUUCGGUUUUAGAAGGGGAUGAGUUGGAAAGUCCGGUGGCUUCGCCUCAGCACAACGACAUGCACUCGCGGUUGGAGAUUUACGCUUCGAGGUUGGCCGAGGUGGAGUUGAGAGCCGCCUCGCCGGACGACGAACAUCGAUUGAUCGGGGAUUAUUGUCACUCGUUAGAUGCGCCAGCGAGUCCUGGACAAUUGAUGAUGGUUAUUGAUGAGGAGCAGCGGGUGGAGCUGCAGGAGAUGAUUAGAGAGUUGGAGGUGGAGAACCAGGCGUUGAGGGCGGAAUAUGAACAACUACAGCGUGGGUCCGCACCCCAACACCCGCCGCAGCAACCGCACCACGACGUUUUGGCUGAAGCGCGCCUCCUCAGGCAGCACAAGGGUCGUUUAGAAGCGCGCAUGCAAAUCCUGGAAGACCACAACAGGCAACUGGAGGCACAACUGCAACGGCUACGGCAGCUGUUGGAUGAACCGCCACCUACCGCCACAUUACAAACCAGGAACGUAACGGCUUCGCAGCUGAAUCAGGACAAUCCGGGACGGGGAGCGAACCAACCGCCACCACCACACGAGAGGGUUUGAAGAGGGUAAGUGGAGGUUUGACGGUUUUUUUUUGGGAAGGUUUUUGAUCCUGGAGUUUUCCUUGGUUGUAGGGAGGGAUUCGCUGGGGUCGUGGGGAAAUGAAGUGUUCAAAAUUUGAUUUUAUGAUCGAUUAAUUAGUUGAUUAUUUUAAAAAAGAAAACUAAAGUAUUUUUCUAUAUUAGAUUUGAUUUUAUUCACUUUAUAAACGUAAAACGUAUUUUCCGUUUCAAUCAUUGAGUAUGUGAGAUAGUAUUUUCUAAAUUUAAUUUCCACCUAAAAACUGACGUAAUACCAAAUAAAAGAAAACUGCGAAUUCAUCGCAACCAAAUAGGUUUUAUCUAUAAAAAUUUAAUAGAAUCAAAUUUUGGAUACCUUCACUUUGCCUCAGUGUUGAUGAUCCGAUUAUAUGCUCCCAAACAGCACAAAGACAUCUAUCUAUACGUCGUCCUAACGUGAUAUAAAAUACAUUCUAUGAAAGUCUUUUAAUGAUAGAAUGUCAUCUUGAGAAGCGUCUUUCAGCCCAGAAACCAAUGUUUAAACAACGGUUCCGUAUUUUAUAGUUGCUAACUUGCUAAAAUGUUUGGUAUUGAUAUGCCCUGAAUAGACCAAAAAUGUUUUAAUAAUCUGAAUAUUAUUAUCAUCCAACUUUUACGAAAAAGAUUUUUUUUAUGACUGAAACGUCUUAAAGUACCUUAAACUUAAAUCAAACUUGGUUGAAAUAGUUUUUUUAAUCUUUGGGAAAUUUGUACGUAUUGUCCGAAAUAAUUUGAAUAUUCUUAACCCAGAUACCCCUGAAACUCUUAACGUUUGUUUUUUGUUAUAUACUUUUGUAAAUCUACUUAUUGGGUUAAAAUAAACAUAUUUUUCUAGUAAAAUUUUUUAGUUCCGCUUUUGGGUUUUUCUGUAAAAGCCGUCGGUUUAAACAUACGGUAGCAAUAUAAGGUACUAAAACUCAAUUAUUCUUAUAAACUUAUAAAACUUUAUUUAGAAACGAGAUUUUUUUUAACCAACAAUAAUAGAUUAGUUUUUAGUAUGGUAACUUAAAAAACACAUUUUUGGAUGAAGUGCAACAUCACACUUCUGGCAUCUGAAUGCUGCUUGUUUUUGGCAAAAUGCGCAGCGGGUUUGCUUUUCCUGAUAAUUCACAAGAUGAUCCAUCCGAUCAUAUCUGGACUCAUAAUGCAGGUAUUUGCCUGGUUUAGAUGGCCCCCGUUUUGUUUCUUUCUUAUAUGUUUCUAAUAAUUCCGCAGCAAUACACCUCCUAAACUGCAAAUGGUCCCGCCAGAAUGUUUAUGAAGUUGCCAUGCGUUUUGUUCUGCCAUAUCCAAAGCAUGUGAAAACAAGCAAAAAUACCACUUCGUUCCUCUGAUUCCUACGCGGUAAAGGCUUAUAUUUUGGUCAGCCCUAUCAACACCGCCCAUGUUUUCGUUGUAUUUUUUGAUCAAACAUGGCUGCUCAACAUGUAUCAUUUUCUUUUCUUUCUGAGAGAAGCGUUUGACUUGCUGUGUCGGAAAAGGAGAUGUUACAUUUGAGGUGAUUGUAACAACACUAUUGUCAUUCCAUUUACAUACAAUAUUAUUUUGGUUCUCCUCUAAAAGAUAAUCAAAACUACCACGGGAUUUUUUUUUGAAAAUAGUGGAUUUUUCAAGAGGGCAAUCUGAUAGUCUGUUUUCUCGCAGAGUUUCUGUACAUUUGAGCCCCCUGGAGGUCAGCUCAGCCAACAGACGUAAUAUCGUAAAAAAAUUGUCACAAAAGAUAUGGAAAGGAGCUUUUUCACAUUGAGACUGAAUAAUAUCAGCAAACUGAAGUACAACACUAGCCCCUAAGCUAAGAGGACGAUAUUUUUCAGAAAUAAUAGUUGUGGACCCUUGAUACGGCUCAAACCAUUCAAUGUACCCCUUUUUAGUUGUUCCCACCCAUACCUUAUAACCCCAACGAAUGGGCUUUUCUUGGAUGAACUGUUGGAUGGAUGAAUGGAUCAACCAUGACCGCCGUAAUAGGGUACCAUCGACUCGUCCACGCUAUGGCACUCUUUAAGGGGUGCAAAUGACUGAAAUUUCUCAUUCAGAGUAGAAAACAAAGGCCUCAGUUUCGAAAACUUAUCGGUAUUUUCAAGGUUGUUGUUAUCAUUCAGGUGCAAAUUCUGCAUUAUAAAACUCAAGCGAUCUCGAGAAAUCGCCGAAUAGACUAACUUAUUUCCUGCGUCACUGUUAUUUUCCCAAUACAUUGACCGUCGAGGAAAUGAGUUGUAUCCAGAGAGCAGUAAAGUAAAACACCAACGAAACAUUUUAUUUCACUGGAAUGUAUAUCAUCUUGGCGAUUAUGCUGAAUAGCAUACAAAUUGGAAUAUUUUACAACCAAGUCAAUAAUUUCGUCAUCUAUAAACUGAAAAAAUAGUUCUAAAGGAGAUAAAGAAUUUUUUGGACCACUUGCGUUUACCUAUUCUGGAAAAUCUUGGUUGAUGUCACCUUUUUUCCAAGAGUAAUUUGGUUUUGAGGUCGAUAAUUUUGGUCGUUUUUUCGUAAGAAAGGUAGACAAAGAUAGGUCAUCAUCGCUAUCAAAAUCACUCUCAACUGUAGUUUGGUUAGAUCCCUUGUUUUCAAAUAUUACCACAACUUCAGUCAUCAGCUGACUUCCAGGGAGGUUGUUUAUAUCCACUUCAUUUUCGUCGCCGGAAUCUUCAUCAGUGUUAUAUUCAUUUGCAUUAACUGGCGGUAGAACGGCAAUAGCAUCAGGAAUCAACUCAUCGUCAUCAAGGUUUUCAAUUUCUGCCAUGACUUCAUGAAGUUUUAAGGCCCGCUUCCAAUAACUGCAAAUAUAAGGAAAAAAAUCGAAUAAUACCGGAUUUUCCUACUGUCCGUUAAAACGGACAUCGGUAUUUGAGGUUAUAUUUUUGCCGGUGAGAUGAAAAUUUUUAACUUAUUUGUUCACAAGUAUAAAGAUUGAUAUUUUCCAAAAUUACUUAUUCACAAGAUGGAAAAAUAAUAUGAAUAGUUUAUCAGUAUAUUUACCUAUAAUUAUCCAUUGUUUACAAGACACUAAGCACCUGUUAUUCCAAACACUUUCUCGCAUACAGAACUCUCCCUUUAAGAGGUUAGAAAACAAAAUUUUGCUAAAACACGCGUUUCUAACAACAAAUAACCCAACGCCAUCUAACGCGGAGUGACAGAGUUUCAAAUCUGCAGCGAACUAUUAGGUGAUUGUUAUAACGGACGGUAGGGGUAUCUGGGUUAAAAUGCUUUUAGUCCUAAAGGCAUAAGAACUUAAAUGUAUGUCAAAAACUUUAUUAGUUAGAACAUCAAGAUUUUUAUUCAUUUACGGACAUUGUUGGGCAUAACUUCGGAGUUCCUCAGGGUGGGCGUAAGGAUAAAAAUGUGAUUCUGGGUUAAUCAUUUCGACAGUUAAAGGUAGUUUUGCUUGAGGCAUUUUUUUAAUUAUUUUUUUUAACAAAUUAUCACCAUUCCUAAGUAUAUUUUACGUAAAUUUUGCUCUUUUCGGCAAAAAAGCAUUUCUUACUGAAUAAUUUUUUAAGGACAUCUUUAGAUACUAGCAAGUCAUCUAUAAGAGCAAAUAAUAAUAUUAUCUGUUAAUUAAUCAUUUUUAAAUUCAAUAUUUGUUUUUUUUCUCAUUAAUACAAGACUGUCUGUUUGAAGUCGUUUUCUAGCCAUUAUUUCGAUUUAUAUUUAAUUCUUUUUCAAGGUUCUACAAUUGAUAAAAGUAAAUGGCGUUUAAACACCAUAAAUAAAGAAGCAAAUAGUUUUUUUCAGCAAUUGACCAAUUUACAAUUUUUGGUCACCAAUUUGCAAGAAUAAUUAAUAUUUUUUAAAAUUAUAUUUCAUCUUUUUCGGGUAUUAUUUUCUUUCAGGCAUUAGAACUAAUUUUUCAUUUUAUUCCAGACUUUUAAAUUCAUUUUUAGGUUCUUCCAGACGCUUACCUAUUAGCUAUAGGCAUUUUUUGUAUUAUUUUCAAACUUCCAAGUACCUAAAAUAACUUUUACCUUUGUUUUCAAAUAACUUCACUGUAGGCAUUUGAUGUCUUUUCUAUGUUGUUCUUUCAGGGGUGUUAAAUCACUUAUAAUUCAUUUUAUUCCAAAAACUCGAAUAUAUUUAAUUUCUUAAAUAUCUUCCACGCAUUCUAAGUUAUCUUUUGUCUUUCAGGCAUUUUUAGAAAUUUCUCAUGUUCCAGUAAUUUUUUAUGAUAUUAACCGAUCUGCCUACAUCGUAUUGGAAUAAAGCCUUAAUGAAACCUUAAUAGGACUAGACAACAUACCUAUACUAAAAAAAACAAUGGAUUUUAAACACAGAACAUUGAAACCACAAAAAUGAGUUUUAUGUUUAGUUUUAUUUGAUGUUGAUAAUGCAAUUAGUGGAUACCUAAGCAUACAAAAUUGCCUUGGGCUUUUAGUUGUAAUUUACGAUUCGUAGUUGAGUCUAUAACACAACUUUCUAUUCCUCUUAAGUUCAUUUAUAUUAACGAUCCGUAAUUUAAUUUGUUAUGUGUGUUUGGAUACCUUGGUUGACCAUAUGGUAAAUAUAUUGUAUGCUGGUUUAUGUAAAGUGAUGAGUUAAAUGUUGAAACAUCUCUCGUUGUGUCUCGUAUUAGGGCUACUUUAAAGAAUAUAAAUCAUGAGAAGUACGUAGAAGCUGAAGAACUUUAUCUAGAAUAACUUACUUUUAAAGGAUGCCAAACAAACGCUGAUGAAUAUGUGUAUAACUAAAAGGUUAAGAAAAAUCCAUUAUGAAACUUUAGGGCCUGAAUCGCAAGUUUACUGUAUAGGAAUUGUGGGCCUAAGAGUUAUUUCUUAUCGAUCGAACUAAGGAGCUAGAGUCUUUGAGAAGCUCUUUGAAAAUUCCUAAAAAUGCCAUUUUGACAGUUUUUUGGACCACAAUUGAAUAUCAAAAAUAUCAUAUCUAUGAAACUGUGAUAACCUAACGUGCUGGAUGUGGUCUCAUUUAGGAAUAUAAAGCAAUUUUACGUUUUUACUACAAUUUCUAGAUCAGUUUUUUUACUUUAAUAUUGAGAAAUUUCUGAGAUUGGAUUUUAGGGUAAAAACGUAAAUCUGGGUUAAUUAUUUUGACAGUUAGAGGCAAUUUUGUUAACAAAGGUCCAAGCUUCAUGAAAUCUUAAGUACAUACUGCAACAUAUUUAAUUGUUAUUGGGGAUAUUAAGAUAUUAGAAAACUGUUGAAAAUAUGUCUUUUUUUACAUCAAAAAUUCCGGAGGAUGGCUUUGAGGGUAAAAACGUUAAUAAUUGGAGGUGUUUUCUCGCUUAUUUAAACGAAGCGAAUAAAACUUCCACUGGAUGGCGAAAUAUUUCAGAGCAUUCUGGUUAACCUAUAUGUAAUGUAUUGUGUUAUUAGGAGUGUUGUACUGACAUUAUCUGAUUGUACUUUUAAACGUUUAAGAAAUUCCUGUACGCUACACGUAGAUGUUUUAAAGAAGUGGUUUAGACGUUUCUUAUACAUAUAAUAAUAAUAAUAAUAGUUUUAUUAACAGUUUCCCAAUUUCGGUUACAAAUUUUUGUACAUAUAAAAAAAAUAAAAGAGUAUAAACAGAAAAUAAAAUAUUUAAACUAGAGUACUAUGAAAAAGGCAUUUGACAAAGUGAGUUAUGAAAUAUUUUAAGAGAUGUACAAAAAAGUCAAUAUCUUUACGUUGGUUAUUGGCUAGUUUUAUUGUGGAUAUACACCGGACGUCUUCAAGAAGUCUUGUGCUCUUUGGGAGCUAUAGCGCCACAGUAUUAUUGUCAGACUUAAUUCUGCCAAAAUCAGGGAAUUACAUAUACAAUAUAUCAAUAAUAAAAAAUAAGCAAUUUCUACUUUUGCUUUUGUAGACAAAUUUUGGCCACAAUAACUUGUUUUUUUAUUAUGUACCCGUACUAGGCGAACAUAUCAGUUUAUACCUGGCGAGACAGUAUCCUGAGCUUUUUAUAUAGGUAAUAAAUAAUUACGUACAAAUUAGGGCGUGUUUUUAACCAAGGGCCACGUGACCGUCCAAACGGAACGCACAAAAUGUAUUUUCUUGAAUUGUCACGUGGUUCAGUUUGUCUGUAACCGUGGGUACGUUCUGAUGACCUCAGCAGCUGCGCAGCUUCACUAAACAAAACGCAGUGUUAUCAUUUUAAAUUAAUUCCGCUGAUAUACAAAUUGUGAGGUUAGUUUUUUGUCUUGUUUAUUUAUUCGCUUCUGAUUAUCGUAAUAACAAAUCUAAUAAUGCUAAACAAAUACUAACCUCAUAAUUUGCUUAUCGGGCGGUUGAAGGUUAGUGCUGCACAUUGCAAAUUUUGACAAGGAGCCUUGUAACCAACACAUUAACCACGGUAAUAUCAAUAUUGCUAGAAUUUAUUCUGAAAAUCCUGGAUUUUAUGUUCCACUUGUUUGCCAACAGCGCGGUACUAUAUGCUGCCUAAAAGCAAUUUUUUGACAGCUGCUGACCCCUGGUGAACGUACCCGAUAACUAAACCAUAUCAUUUUUGACAUUUCAUUUAGUGGUAGACGUAGAAUUGUUUUUUUAUGAAAUUUUGGCCUUGAACUGUGCUUGACGAAAUUAGAAAUAAGCGUUUUAUUGAACAAUAAAAGUGAUUAAGUUGA